CUUCCGCUUUACUCGAGGCGCUAAUAAGCUAACAGGCUAGGCCUGGUGUUCAAACGAGCGGCGUGAAAUCUUCUGCAAGCGGGUUUUCGUUGAGUUUUAGCUGUAAAAAGGGACAACAGAGUGUUGGACUUAAACAAGAAGAAAUUUGAAAUGGGAGACCCUGCUUUUCAUCGAGACUGUCCCCUCGACUGCAAGGUUUAUGUCGGGAAUCUGGGAAACAAUGGAAAUAAGACGGAGUUAGAAAGAGCGUUUGGUUACUAUGGUCCUCUAAGAAGUGUUUGGGUUGCCAGGAAUCCCCCAGGUUUUGCUUUUGUAGAGUUUGAAGAUCCCAGAGAUGCCUCAGAUGCUGUGAGAGAAUUGGAUGGCAGAACCAUGUGUGGCUGUCGAGUACGCGUUGAGUUAUCCACUGGAGAAAAGCGCUCCAGGAGCCGUGGCCCUCCUCCAUCCUGGAGCCGAUACCCUCGAGAUGAUUUUAGGCGACGCAGUCCUCCUGUUAGACGCAGAUCACCAAGGAGACGGAGCCUCAGCCGCAGCCGCAGCAGGUCUGUUUCAAGAGAUAGACGCAGAUAUCGGUCUGCUUCCAGAGAGAAGAACCGUAAGCGCUCAAGAUCCUUCUCACGAUCGAGGAGUCGUUCCCGGUCUAAUGAGAGGAAAUGAAGAUCUUGGAAAGCUCAUCUACUGGCUUAUGCUAUGGUUACAAAAAAGUACAUUUUUAUAGUCUUUUCUUUUUAGAUUUUGUUGGGUAGCUCAUGGCAGUUUAAGGUUGGCUAUGUUGGGGUCUUAAUGGUCUGUUGAAUGAUCAAGAAGGGUGUAAACUGUUUUUUGUCUUUUUUUUUCUUUGUUUGUUUGUUGUUUGUUUUUUGGGGGGGGGUUUUGUUUG